UUUGAGAGCCGUGUGAUGGGUGACUAUCUAGCACGGUUCAGAGAGCACGUGUAUGUAGUCUGCGCUGGUGAAUGGAAGCCCCCGCCGCAAAAAAGAAGCGGCUUUUCCCACGGCUCUGUCACCAUUGACUCUAUUUAUUAUUAUGGUAAAUCAUUGUAUCAAGAUGUCAAUCUUAGAUCUUAUUUCAGUUCGAUACGUCCACCUACGAGACUCACCUUUGGCUUUCGUCUCGGUAGGUGUAUUAUUCUACAUUUUCCCAAAAGGACAUUCAUUCAUUUCUUUCUUCCCCGUCGACCACUACGACUAAAACGACGCGACAAAUCAAGACCCGGAAAGGAUAAGGGCCGGUGGUGGGCAUUUGGGAAAGUCGGGCCGAUCGGGUGUCUUCAUUCAAGCGAGGGUACAGAGGAAGAACGAAACGAAGUGAGAGGCCGGGGGGCAGGGAAAAGAGUCGAGUCGAUCGACCGGGAGAAGCAAAACGAAAUCAGGAUUUGGCCGAAAAAGAUGCAACGUUAUGGAUACCAUGACCGAUCACCAUCGAGAAAGAAGAAUUUUUCUAAAUCACUUCGGGUGAGCGGGGCCUUCAAGCAUCCGAAAUACGCCGGGGUUGUAAAUGACAUAGCCUUCCUGAUAGAAAAUGACGACUCCUUCAUAAAAACAAAGUUAUUCAAGUUCUUUUUUUUACCAAAGAAGUCCCGCUCUGACGGCCCGACGAGUCAUCUACUAAAAAGGACCCUCCCCGCUGUGCGCCCCUCCUUGAAUUAUUCGGUCAUGCAAUACUUUUUUAAUACAAAGAACAAAAUGCAUUUCGACCCCGUCGUAGUUCUCAAUCAUUUCGUGGCACCGGGUGUGGCUGAACCAUCUACGAUGGGGGGAGCGAAGGGAGGAAGCUUAGAUAAGAGAAUACGCUCUCGCAUCGCUUUUUUUGUAGAAAGCUCGACCAGCGAUAAAAAGUGUUUGGCCCGAGCCAAAAAGAGGUUGAUCCACUUCAUUCGCCAAGCGAAUGAUCUUCGCUUCGCGGGAACAACAAAAACCACCAUCUCGCUCUUUCCUUUCUUCGGUGCUACCUUUUUUUUUUCAAGGGAUGGGGUUGGGGUGUAUAAUAACCCAUUUUAUGAGUAUGCCCGGGAACAACUCCUAGGUCAAUUAAGGAUCAAAUGUAGGAACCUCAUGGGUAAGGAUAAGGUAAUGGAAUUGAUAGAGAAAUUCAUAGACCUAGGUAGGAUAGGCAAAUUGAUAAAGGGAAUAGAGAUGAUGAUAGAGAUCAUACUGAGAAAGAGGAGAAUUCCGUACGGGUACAACUCUUAUUUGAACGAAGUGCAAAAAAUGCGAUCUUUUUUGUCUAAUAGAACAAACACUAAUACCUUAAUUGAGUCGGUAAAGAUCAAAUCAGUUUAUCAAAGUGCUUCUCUGAUUGCUCAAGACAUCUCUUUUCAACUGAGGAACAAUCCAAUCUCAUUUCGUUCCAUUUUUAGUAAAAUAGUUAAGGAUAUUCCAUUAAUAAUGCCAAAAGGGGUGGAGGGGAUACGUAUUUGUUGUUCUGGUCGAUUAGGGGGUGCGGAAAUAGCUAGAACUGAAUGCGGAAAGUAUGGAAAAACAUCUUGUAAUGUAUUUAACCAGAAAAUCGAUUAUGCUCCUGCGGAAGUAUCUACUCGUGACGGAAUUUCAGGUGUCAAAGUGCGGAUCUCAUAUAGUCAAAAUAAGAAGGGACGUGCUAUAUCCGAAACGUACGAAAUAUAGUAAAUAUAGUAAAUGCAGAUGUAGUAGGGGUCGCGAACCGGAUGGUACACAACUUGGUUUUGGAAGAUAUGGCACCAAAAGUAGUAGAGCUGGUCGUCUUUCAUAUCGAGCCAUUGAAGCAGCGCGUCGGGCUACAAUCGGACAAUUCCGUCGUGCUAUGAGCGGACAAUUCCGAAGAAAUUGUAAGAUAUGGGUAAGAGUUCUCGCAGAUCUUCCUAUUACGGGGAAACCCGCAGAAGUUCGAAUGGGAAGAGGAAAAGGAAAUCCUACGGGUUGGAUUGCUCGUGUGUCCACGGGACAAAUCCCAUUUGAAAUGGAUGGUGUGAGUUUGUCAAAUGCUCGACAAGCCGCUAGAUUAGCGGCGCAUAAACCAUGUUCGUCAACCAAGUUUGUUCAGUGGUCGUAACGUAAUUGGUUAGUGGGGAAAAACCGGGCCGGGACUCAAAAUAAUUUUACGAAGUGUUUGUUCCGGAAGUGGAAAGACAAAGAGGGAUAGGGAGCUCGCCUCCUUCUUUUUUGUAAUCGCCGAAAUGGAAAUUGUACGACGACCCUUCUUGUUCCAGGCAUACGACCCUGAGACGUGACGGUGUCACUUUUCCGGCCCGGUAAAGUGACAGUUAUAUAAAAAA